CCAGCCGCGCCCUCUGCCGCCGCCGCCGAGAAGAAGCUGAGAUGCCGAAAUCCAAGCGCAACCGUCCUGUAACCCUGUCCAAGACCAAGAAGAAGCCGGGAUUAGAGCGCAAGGGCAAAGUGGUCGCCGAUAUCAAACAAGCUGUUGACAAUUACUCUACUGCCUAUGUCUUCACCUAUGAUAACAUGAGGAAUCAGAAGCUCAAGGACCUCAGAGAGCAGCUCAAGUCAUCUAGCAGGAUAUUCCUUGCUGGAAAGAAGGUCAUGCAGAUAGCGCUGGGGCGUUCACCAGCUGAUGAAGCUAAAACAGGCGUCCAUAAGCUUUCCAAGUUCCUCCAAGGUGAUUCUGGACUGUUCUUUACUAAUCUUCCAAGAGAUGAUGUAGAGAGAUUAUUUCGAGAAUUCGAAGAGCAUGAUUUCGCAAGGACAGGAAGUGCUGCGACAGAAACGGUGGAGCUUAAGGAAGGUCCCUUGGAACAGUUCACACAUGAAAUGGAACCCUUUCUACGCAAGCAAGGACUGCCAGUUCGUCUGAACAAAGGUAUGGUAGAAUUAGUUGCAGAUCAUGUAGUAUGUGAAGAAGGGAAGCCCAUUUCACCGGAGGCGGCACAAAUUCUGAGGUUGCUUGGGAUGCAGAUGGCAACAUUCCGACUGUACCUUGUCUGCCGUUGGUCCUCCGAUGACUUUGAAGUUUACAAGGAGGGGUUGGCGCAACUGCGAACUGAUGAAGCCGAUGAUUGUUCUUAAGCUCGUUGGGAGUGACGCACUUGCUGUCUUAUCGUGCUGAGGCAGUUUUUGGAAUUGUGCGUGCGUGUGGUAUGGCGUCUGUGCCGUUUGAUCGUUGAUACGUUGGAAAUCUGAAAAUGGUAAUCUGCUCGAGAUCGAGCGGCGGCCCUGGUACUUUCUAUAAGCGAGUGGUGGUGUUGGUUCAUUGGUAUAUUAUUAACACGGUGGCAUUAACAGCUAGCUUACUUGAUCUAUGGGUAUUUA